AUGAUACCCAACUGCUGGCCAAACUUGCGCCAGCUGACAGUCGGCGGCCCCAGCAUCACCUCUGCAGGACUAAUUCACAUUGGUAAACUGCACUAAACUAUUUUAUCUUAUCUCAACUCCCAUCCUUCACUCUGCAGGACGCGCGUUCGCAAAAUCAAAUCGAAUUAAAUCAGAUUUAUUUCCUCGUGCCACUUAUAGGUUUUACAACUGGCAUCUUGUAAUUAUUUUUAACCAGAGACAACAGUAGCUGCUAUUAUUCCACCCCGAGUAAGCAAACAUUUCAGCAAAGCUCCAAUAUGAUAAAACUUUUCCAAUAGAUGGGGAUGAAAACCAUUCGCUGGCGAUUCGCAUAGAAGACAGGAAAAAGUAGAACGAACAAAAUUUGACAAGCAAUAUUAACAGCGCUGUAAAAAUCUUCAGACGUAGAUUCAGAAUGUAUGUCUAGGAGGACGAUCAAGAAUCAUUCCUGUGAACUAAAGAUAGGCCAUAGGUUGAGAUUUCAAACUCUAGAUGUCAGGAAUACUUCAAGAAAAAUGUAAUAGCUCGCCCUUUCAAAGAAUCGGUUAUGAACAGAAAGUACUUCAUUUUCUUUUUCCGUCAACUGUCCUUAUGAACAGAAAGUACUUCUGAAUCAAUUUUCUUCAACCGUCAACUGUUCUUUUCUGUUUAUAUGAGAUUUUUUACUGUGAUAUAACUAUUUAUAUGAGAUUUUAACAAUGUUUUCUUGCCUUUUCUUGUUUUAAAUCACAUCAUUUAGCCAAAGGUUGUUUGAGACUUCAAGAACUAGAACUGGAUCGUUCAAUAUUAAUAAAUGAAGAAAUCGCCCACACCAUGUGCUUGUGUGGACUAAGAGGACUGGAAACGAUUUCCUUCACCUUCACCCCAGUCUCUCCCGGCGCAAUUAGGGAGCUACUAGGUAAAGCCACGUUAUUUUGAUUUCUAGCAAGGCUAACAUUUUAUAUCUUAUGUAAACCGUUCGCCACGUUUUGUAAGGAAAUGUAUAAUAAGUUGGCUCUGGACUGCGAAUAGUCUCUUACUUUCCUUUACCAAGUUACUGACGCAAAACCCAAGCACGCGAGUAGCGAAGCCGCAAGCCACGAUAAACGAGGGCGUAAUCCGUUUUUGUAAUGUCAUGGUUUGCAAUCAGACUGGCUGAGAUAAGAACUAGACGGAUUUUACGAGAAAAGGUGGACUGCAAGCAGUCUUAGUUGGAUUAGUCGCCUAGGGUAACUCAGGUAGGGGGAUGACCCUUCCUCCCGGUAUAACUUUUUUCCAUAUAAACGGAGCCUAAAGUAGAUUUUUUUCAGAAUUUUUUCUAGCUGUUCAAAUUUUUCAUAAUUACAAGUAUGGUUCGCAGUUUUCAACACUGAAGAAUGUGGCGUUUAAUGAUAGCACUGCAAGCCUAUUCCAGAUCCCAUAUUGUGGACGGGAAAAGCAUAUCGGAAAAAAACAUUGCGCGAAACCCGCGUGGGGGCUAGGAUAGACGGGUAGUGCUCCCUUUUUCGCUGCUCGCUUGCAUUUUUCUCUCUUCUGCACCAGCCUGCUUCUUCACUGACCGACAGCCUGUCACAGGCUAUUAUAGCGCUUGAACUAACAGCUGUGACAGAUUCACUUGAUUUACAAAAACUUUAAGUUCUUUCUUUGAGUAGAAUAAUAGUUAUUUUCUUGCUCUGAUAAGUUGUAACAGGCACCACUCUAGAUUAGGUGAGUACUUAUGGUCUCCGGCCAGACUGGAUGACUUCUCGCUGACUUUGCUUUUACUGGCUUUUAGGGGCUUGUCCGCGAUUAGAGCGUAUCGAAGUGCAUAUUGGGAUAUCAGAUUACUUUACGGAUGUUGAAGCUGAAGUCAGCCAGAGAAAAUACAGGCGCAUUGUCAAGAAACUCACAGUAAGGACAUGAUUUGCUUUUGUAAUAUUAAACUACGAAACGUUUUGUGGAUUGUCACGGGGGGGGAGAGGGGGAAACGUUUUUGUGGAUUGUCACAGGUGGGUGGGGUAGCCCUCGUCCGCUUUAUAAACAGUACCACGCAGUUUCUUGUUAGGAGCUAGGAGUUAAGUUGAAAUCCAUUAGGAAAUUGAGUAAUUUAAAUUUUCAGUGGACGAAAACCUUGUAUCAGAAUAAAUUCAAGCAUAUUGCAUUCUUUUUCACACUUUUCAAGGGCUAUAAAUGUUCUAAGUUGUAGAAACGAGAAAGAGAGAACGUUAAAAAAGCAAUAGGUUAAAAAGGCAAAACAACAACUUUGCAAGUGCAGCAAAGAGAGUUCGCUUGCUUGCAUUCGACAAAGUAAAUGAGUUGUAGAUUGAAACAAAACAAAGUGACUUUUUAAGCAACGUUCUCGUGGCCGCCGCCGUCGUGGUAAAACGUCCCUGAGUUGAGUUCUCAAUUCUCUUUUUUGCUUCAUUAUUAUUCAGUGAAGGUCGAUUAAAACUAGCAAUUUAAAAUAUUGUUGUCUUUAUCUUUUUUGUUUAGGCUUUACAAGAAGAGAACGUAGAAUUUGCAAGAGUUCUUUGGAUAAAGUCAGAUUACGGAUAA